AUGUUCGAACGUCUUAAAUUCUGGAAGUCAUUAAAAUCAGGUUUACAGUCACGUCAAGUAUUUGUCAAUGAACCUUUGCCUCCUAGUCAACUUGAACAUGGACGUCCUAAACAACUCUAUAGUACCAAUAAAGUUACUACCUCUAAAUAUACCCUUUUAACUUUUAUACCAAAAAAUUUGUAUGAACAAUUUCGUCGAAUUGCCAACUUCUUCUUUUUAUUACUAGUAGUAUUACAAUGGUUUCCACAAUUCUUUACUAUUAAUCCUGUAUUAGCAGCUUUACCAAUGUUCAUAAUAACUAGUAUAACAGCCAUAAAAGACGGCUUUGAAGAUUUUAAACGUCAUGUAACUGAUAGAUCAGUUAAUAACAGAAAAACUCAGACUUUGGGAAAUUGGAAGAAUGUUAAUUAUCCGGAUACAAAAUCAAGUUUUUUUUCUAAGAAAUCAACAGAGGAAAAGGAAAAGGAAAAGCAACCUAACGACUCUAAAGUUGAUUGGAAGCAAACUAUGUUUAAAGAUGUUCGUGUGGGCGACUUUAUCAAAUUAUGUGAUGAUGAUUUCAUUCCAGCUGAUAUCUUAAUUCUUUCAACUUCGGAACCUAAUUCUCUUUGUUAUGUUGAAACUAAAAACUUGGAUGGUGAAACUAAUCUCAAAAUAAGAACCAGUGUACCAGAAACCGAUCACAUAACAAAACCGGAAGAUUGUACAUCAAUUCGUUUUUAUGUAGAUUCCGGACCACCGACAACAAAUUUAUUUAGUUAUAACGCUACUGUGGUUUUUCCUCAUGGAUUAUCUGAUCGUCCACGUUCUCGUGGAGGACCAGAAAAAAUCCCAGUCAAUCUUAAUUCAAUGCUUCUAAGAGGUUGUGUUUUGAAAAAUACUGAAUGGGUAAUCGGUAUGGUGAUAUUUACCGGUGGUGAUACUAAACUUUCAUUAAAUUCUGGUAAAACUCCAUCAAAAAGGAGUCGCAUAGAAAAAAUGAUGAACCCUCAAGUUCUAGUCAAUUUAUUCGUUUUGAUUUUCAUGUGUCUUUGGACCGCUAUUGGAAACAAAAUGUGGGAAACAAAUUUUGCUGAUAAAGAUCCUCCCUUCCUUGAAUCUGAUCACGGUGGAAGCAUCAAAUUCGAUGCAUUUUUGACAUUUUGGAACGCUUUAAUUACUUUUCAAAAUAUUGUUCCUAUUUCAUUAUAUUUAUCAAUUGAAGUUGUCAAGUCUAUUCAAGCAUUCUUUAUUUUUAUUGACAAAGAAAUGUAUUAUAAAGAAACUGAUACGCCAUGUAUUCCAAAGAAUUGGAAUCUUUCGGAUGAUUUAGGUGUUAAUUAUGAUUCGGAUUCUAAUAAAUCUGAAAAGAAACCUUUCGUAGAUGAGACACUUUUCGAAGAUAUGAAAUCUACAGAUCAAAACCGAUCAAAUGUUAUUAGGGAUUUUUUCACUCUACUUGCGAUAUGCCACACCGUUCUCGUCAAUACUGAUCCAAAUGGUGAACAAAAUUACAAAGCUCAGUCACCUGAUGAAGCUGCACUUGUAAAGGCAGCAAAAGAUGUUGGUUACACUUUUCGAUCUCGUGAACUUAACAAUAUUGUUAUAACAACACCAGAAGGUACAGAAGUCAAAUAUGAAUUAUUAAACAUUUUAGAAUUUACAAGUGCACGAAAGAGGAUGAGUAUCAUCGUACGAGCUCCCGAUGAUCGUAUUAUUUUAUAUUGCAAAGGAGCUGACAAUGUAAUUUUUGAAAGACUCAAAAGUAAUCAGGAUCAUAGAUUGAAUACUACUGGGGAACAUCUCGAGGAAUUUGCUAGAGAAGGUCUUAGAACACUUUGUACGGGAUAUGCUGUUAUCGAUCCUGUUGUAUAUAAGAAAUGGAAUAUUGAUUUUCAUGAAGCUUCAGCGGCAAUUAUGGAUAGAGAUAAGCGAAUGAGUGAUGUUGCAAAUCAAAUAGAAAAGGAUUUGACACUUUUAGGUGCCACAGCAAUUGAAGACCGUUUACAAGAUGGUGUACCAGAAUGUAUAGCUAAGCUUAAACGUGCUGGAAUUAAAAUUUGGGUCUUAACAGGGGAUAAGAUGGAGACAGCUAUCAGUAUUGGGUUUUCUACGUAUUUAUUAACUAGAGAUAUGAACCUUAUAAUCAUUCGUGGAGGUGCUUAUGGAGAACCCGGAAGUGCUUAUGAACAAAUGCAAAAUGCUAGGGAUAAAUUUUUUCCUAAUGAUUUGGCUAUUUUGAAAUCAGUGCAAGCACCUCCUAUUUCUUCAGUUAGUAAUCUUCCUAGAACUUCUACCUCACACGCAAGGGAAUUGAGUUUUAGUGCACUUUCCAUUUUAUCCAAUACAUCAGGAACUAAAAUAAAUGGUCAUGCGUUAAUUAUAGAUGGAGUUGCACUUAAGUAUGCAUUAGAAGAACCUUGGAGUCAUCAAUUGUUAUUAGAAUUAGCUAGCCGAUGUAAAGGAGUUAUUUGUUGCCGUGUUUCGCCUUUACAAAAAGCUAAAGUUGUAGAAUUAGUUAAGAAUGGAAAGAAAGUUUUGACGUGUGCAAUUGGGGAUGGCGCUAACGAUGUUAGCAUGAUACAGGCCGCGCAUAUUGGUAUCGGUGUUGCGGGAGAAGAAGGACUUCAAGCUGUUAUGGCGUCCGAUUAUUCCAUAGCCCAAUUUCGAUUUCUUACUCGACUUUUAUUGGUUCAUGGACAUUACGCUUACAUUCGUAAUUCAUCUAUGAUUCUCAAUUUCUUUUACAAGAAUAUGAUUGGUGUUGGUGUUUUAUGGUGGUACCAACUCUUUAAUGGUUACACUGCAACGAUUAUAUUUGAAUACACCUAUCUUUUAUUUUGGAAUUUGUUCUUCACAUGUAUCGCGGUGUUAGCUAUAGGGAUAUUUGAUCGAGACGUACCUGAUAAAGUAGCAAUUGAAGUCCCAGAAUUAUAUCAAAUGGGAAUUCGUCGAGAAGCAUAUUCAAUGAUUAAAUUUUUUGUCUUUAUGAUUGAAGGUAUAUAUCAAUCAGUGGUAUGCUUUUUUGUUCCAUAUUAUGCUUAUGAAAAGGGAGCAAAUAAGUAUGGAAGACAAGCGGAUUAUCUCGAAUUAGGUACAACGAUGGCAGUCUCUUGUAUUGUGAUGGCCAAUUUGUUUACAGGAUUCAACGCUCAAUGCUGGACGGUGUUUCAUUUUAUAGCAGUUUUUGGAUCUGCAUCCUUGAUAUUCAUUUAUAUUUCGAUUUAUAGUUUAAUUCCACUUUCAGGUAUUUAUGGGUAUAAUCAGGCUAUUUACGGAACAGGAGUAUUUUGGUUUUGUAUUAUUUUAUCCACAGUUUUAUGCUUAUUUCCGCGAUAUUUAUGGAAAUUUAUGCAAAGGAAUUAUCGUCCUACUGAUAUUGAUAUUAUACAAGAAAUAUGCAAAAAAGAUCCAAAAUUCGAUUUUGCCAACGAUGCUAUGUUUAAAUCAAAUAUAAAACUUAGUAGAACCAAUACAUUCGAUUCGAGAUAUUCAAAUAAUGAAUUAAUAGCACCCGUACUUAAUACGUAUGGAUCUAAUACACCACGUCAAAGUCUCGAUGUUACAACAGGUCAGCAAUUGCAAGUGAAUGAAGACGAUAGACCAGAAACUCCUACUAGUAUUACAUAUAUGAAAACAGGAGUAACCGAACCUAUGCGAGGUUACGCAUUUUCACAAGAAGAAGGCACGGGACGUUUGAUGCAUCCUUUACGUCGUUCUAAAACUAUUCCUGGACCUCUUAGUCCAAAAACUAAAUUUAAACAUGAGUCAGAUACUUUACGUCGUAGAAGUUUACCUAACGUAGAAACUGAAAAAAUGCGUAUGGUGCAAUUUAGAGAAUCCCUGGGAGGUACCAUUGCACCGAGUAUUGUACCAUCUAGAAAAUCAAGCAAUCAAGAAAUUGAUCCACGACUAUGGAGAAUGUCUUCUUUCCUGCUACGAAAAAUCUGGUCCAUUGAAAAAACCGGAACUUUUAAAAAUCUAAAAUUAGAAGAUGAUGGUUUAGCACCACCUUCACCCGAACAACUUCGUAUAAAAGUUUUGUUUUGUGGUCUUAAUUUUGCUGAUAUUUUUGCCAUUUUUGGGCUUUACUCCGCUACGCCUAAACGAAAAUUUAUACCAGGGUUAGAAUUUUCUGGCGUAGUUGAGAGUGUAGGUGAAGGUUUAAACAAACAAGAAUGGGUAGGAAAACGCGUUUAUGGUGCAACUUUCUUUGGAGGUUAUGCAACAUACCUUAAUUUAAAGUAUUGUUAUGUAAGGAAAACUCCGGAUGACUGGACUGAUAAACAAGCUUGUGCUUUUCCGCUUGGACGAUUCAAACCAAAUCAAAAAGUCUUGGUACAUUCCGCAGCAGGUGGCUGUGGUUUAUUCGCACUUUCUAUUCUUAACAAAAAAUCUGCAAAAGUUGUAGGCACAGUAGGAAAUUCUUCUAAACUCGAUUUUCUUAAUGAAAAAUACGGGAAGAAUCCAAAUUUUACCUUCAUCUCUCGAAUUCCUGUCAAAGGUUUCGAAUCGCGAGCCAAAGGGGCAUUAGCUCAAAUAAAAUCAGAUGAUGAUAAAGAAGUAUUAUUUGAUGUAGUAUUAGAUAGUAUAAUGGGAGACUAUUUUUGGCCAAAUUAUAAUUUAUUAGGAAAAGAAGGAAUGUUGGUUUUAUACGGAUCUUCAAGUUUUACACCAACUGGCAAUUUGCAUCCUAUAUGGAAUAUAUUUCAAUUAAUAAAAUUGGGAUGGAAAUAUCUUUGGAGACCUAAAAUCGAUCCAAUGCAGCUUCUCGGCUUUAAUUUAAUUCACCUCUACGAACAACAAGAACGAUUAAACCAACUCUUCGAUCAACUUCAAGAAUUACAAUUAGAAGCUCCGCAUGUUGGACAUGAAUUUGAUUUUGAAAACCUUAUUGAAGCAUUAACUUUUAUGCAAUUAGGAAAGAGUGUGGGUAAGAUAAUUCUUUGUGUUAAACAUCCUGAAGGUCCAGAAUCCUAA